GUGCUUGAAAAAAACGGUGAUACCCAUUCCCCCUUGAAAGGAAAUAACGGUGGCAGCCAUUCCCCCUUGAAAGGAAAGAACGGUGACACCCAUUCCCCCUUGAAAGGAAAGAACGGUAGCACCCAUUCCCCCUCGAAAGGAAAGAACGGUGGCACCCAUUCCCCCUUGAAAGGGGAGAACGGUGGCACCCAUUCCCCCUUGAAAGGGGAGAACGGUGGCACCCAUUCCCCCUUGAAAGGGGAGAACGGUGGCACCCAUUCCCCCUUAAAAGGGGAGAACGGGGAGAACGGUGGCAUCCAUUCCCCCUUGAAAGGGGAGAACGGUGGCAUCCAUUCCCCCUUGAAAGCGGAGAACGGUGGCACCCAUUCCCCCUUGAAAGGGGAGAACGGUAGCGCCCAUUCCCCCUUGAAAGGGAAGAACGGUGGCACCCAUUCCCCCUUCAAAGGGAAUAACGGUAGCACCCAUUCCCCCCAGUAA